AUGGUCGCAUCAGAUCAAGGCUGGAAGAGGAGCGUGAAGGGCGAAUAUUUUACCAACCUAGACUUAGAUCGAACAACGAACACGUAUUAA